AUGAAAUAUAAAGUUGAUGAUUCAAAGUUAUUCAAAGAUUAUUAUGAAGGUUGUAUACGCAUUGCAUUUUCAUCGAAUGAUGAUCAAUUAUUGUAUAGUGCAGGAUUACCAGAUUUAAAUUUGCGUGUAUCGUAUAUAUUACAACAAAAACCUGUCACAUGUUUAUCACCAGUGGAUGAACAACACGAGAACAGGCGGCAUUACUGA